GAGGUCAGUGCGGGGCACCCUGUAAUCGCCGGACGGGUCACGCGGGGCUGUGGCCUGUCAUUCUUCACACUGCAUCUUCACUUAAGGAAAUUUCCAUCCGUUGGUGUGUUCUUACUCCAACACAACUCCACGCUCUUUUUGCUCUCUGGAUUCCUAAAAGGAGUGGAGGAGCACAAACCCCGUCAAGAUGCUCACUGCUAUGGUAUGGGGCACGAAAGUAGGCAGAGGCUCCGGGUUCCCGGCUAUUGAGAUACGGCCGCGCCCACCAGCUGCUUCCAACCCGAGACCUAGAUCGCCUGCAUCAAGCCUAGAUGGGACAGGCGAGAUCACCAACGCAUCACGCAGUCGACACAGCACUUCUGCCGACCACGCUCCAUUAUCGACCUCUGCGCCGGAUAUCUUGAGCUCUGAAAACGCGUCUGGCCGCUCACCGACAAAGAGACCGCGCGUACGUUCGCCCCGUCUUUCAUCUGGCCCCCGCGAGCGCCGGCAGCAUAAAUGUUCUCUAUGUGGACAAUUGUUUGCUCGGGCGGAGCAUCUGACUCGGCACGAACGCUCCCAUAGAAAGGAACGACCUUUUGGCUGCCCGCAUUGCGAUGCGACGUUCACGAGAAAGGACCUUGUCAAAAGACAUCUUGCGCGCAACCAUUCUGAGCUUCCGCCGCCACCCGCAAGUGGUGGCUCUGCAGGGAGGAAUGCGUUCAGUUCCGGAGCAUCACCCAAGGCAACCACCAUGCGUCAAACUCCCCCGCCCAAUGCUGAGGCUCCUCCACAGAUGGAGAUUCAUUUCCAAGCUUCUUCACUGGAAACGGCAACGACAGGAAACGCGCAGCACAUGGAUCACGCCGCCGAUCUAGCCCUACCUGUAGCAAUUGACCAGCAAACAACUCAACACUCGCUCGAGUACUUCGACUUUGAAAGCCUUAUGGGAGAAAUGGACGGAAGCCAAUUACUACUCCAGACGCCUUCGGCAUCGAAUGGGAUUUUGAACGAUGAUCCAAACACAUCGAUGCACUAUCUUCUGGACCUACCAUCGCUGGACCAUCUUACUCCCCACGCUUCCAGCCUCGAUAUAGACAAAUCACUGGCAAGUCUUGUCGGACCACCGCCUAAUGCAGGCGACACCCUCGACGUAGACCCGGCCCAGUUCAUCACUUUUAGCCAACCGGAUGGCUUUGAGAGUCCAUUGUAUAUAUCUGAAAGAAAAAGAGAUCUUAUUGUGCAAGACAUGGAAAACGUAUUCAGUCUAGCCAGGGUUCCGGAUACCUUUCUGUUGCCAUCAUGCAUGGGAUUGGAACGAUAUAUCACGGCCUUUUUCGAUGCUUUUUUGAUCCACGCUCCAUGCGUGCAUGUUCCCACCUUCCAAGCGGAGGGGACUCAACCUCCCUUGUUACUUGCCAUGGCUGCCAUAGGCGCGAUUUAUCAUGAGGAGAAAGAUGUCGCAACACAACUACACCGAGCUGCUCGAUUAUCAAUCCUCAACCAGAUGGAGAGGACGUCAUUUACGUCUAAAGGCCGGCCCACGUGGGUGCUCCAAUCACUUCUUUUUACCAUGGUAUUUGGUGUCUGGCGCGACGAUUUCGACGCCGUCCAAGAAUCACUAGCCUUCCAGUCCAAUCUGGCCCACAUUGUUCGUUAUGUCAGCAACCCAGGCGGACGCUGGGUCGACGAUACUCAGGAUUCGUCUCUCUCAUGGCAUGAUUGGAUUGAGCUGGAGUCUGCCAAAAGGACGAAAUUUGUCAUAUAUACAUUUUUCAAUGAUCUGACCAUGGCGUACAAUGUUCCACCAGUCUUGACAAACUCGGAAAUUGAGAUGGACUUGCCUUGCCACGAUUCCACAUGGAUAGCGGACAGCGCGGCGUCCUGGGGUAGUCACAGGAGUACUCCGACCGUUUCAUUCCAAAUCACAUUGCGCAACUUGAUGUCUGGCGCGGACAUUCAGUCUAUCAGGUGUAGUACGUUUGGAUGCCAUGUCAUACUGAGUGCCCUCCUCCAGCAAAUAUGGCAGUCGCGGCAAGCAGCAUCGCCUUCGGACAGCCUUACUGGGUCUGGGAGACUUGAAGCGGCACUUGAAAGCUGGCAUCUGAUCGCUACAAACUCUGCGUCAGAAGCAUCCGUCAGGACGAAAGAGAAAAUCGCUUUGCCGUAUGAUUCCAUGGCUAUGCUUCGGGUUGCGUACGUCAUGUUGUGCGUAGACAUAUCUCGAUUGAAGGCGGUCAUCUGCCGGCAAAAUGUGCAGGACAUUGCUCAAGCCAUGAGCACCCAAUGCAGCAACAUACAACGAUCGAGAAUCUCCUCCAAAGCAGCCCUCUUCGCUGUCCACGCUUUUCGAAGGGUGGUGAAAGCCGGUGUAAACGUCGUCGCAAGGAGGGGGUUUCUAGAACUCAGUCCACAAUCUUAUCUGUGUUGGUUCGACAAUUGCUUGUUUAUCAGCAAAUGGCUGCAGAAUCUUGAAGCUACGCAGCAUGCGCAACCACUGACAGACGACGAGCAAAACGUCCACAAUCUCGUGCAGCGGACGUUAUACGAAGCAAACCCAGCUUCCUUCCAAUCGACACAACCAUUUUCGGCCCAGCUGAUGUACAUGUGGGCGACAGUCUUCACACGACACGAAACAUGGGGCAUUGUUUCCAUACUAGGCACAGCGAUGCAGAUGUACUCAGAUCCAAAUUGAGCUCCUGUCGUUGGACGAAAAAUAUCUACUCCCCUUAACGUUCGCAGACCCCUUCCAGUGACCUUCGGGUGAACUUGUAAAUUCACUCUCAUUCAGCCGCUGUUCAAGUGUCAGGUUGUCGGAACUCAACAGCUU